CAUGCGUGUCUCCAUAACCUGGGUUUCUUCCCGACUGGGCGAGGAGCCGCGGGUCUUGGGUUUGAAGCCAGCCGAGCCGGAAGUCGGUCGACUUCUUCGCCUCCCCUCCGUCCCUGGCGGAAACGCAAGCCCUGGAGGAGAGGUUCCGGGCUCAGCCUGAGCUGGAGGCCGCGGAAUGGAGAGCGGGGCCGAGGACGUGGGACUGACCCGCCGCCCGAUGCUGGCCUCUUCCUGGGAUGCCGCCUGCGGAGCCCUGGCCCACAGCCUCCGUCUCACCCGGGCUGACCUCGGCGCCCGGGACUUGGAUUGGGAGGAGCCGCUGGCUCCGCCUGCCCCGGGGUGCGCCGGGCCGGCGGGGACUGGGGCCGCCGGUGCGGGACGGUGGCGCUCCUGGGGAAGCCGGGAAGGCAGCCGCGAUCUGGUGGUUUUGAAGAGCAGCCUGAACAGCCCCGAUGAAAAGCCCUGCUUCCUUUACCUGAGAUGUGACCCUAACGGAGGCGAAGAAAUCGUUUCUGUUGGCAUUUUGAGCUCAGCAAGAAAUAUGGAAGUAUACUUAGGAGAGGAGUACUGUGGAACCAGUAGGGGCAAGACUGUUUGUAGUGAUCUGGAUGACAGUGAGCACAAAAUUAUUUUCUACAAAAAGUAUUUAAAAUUGGAGUCCUCCAGUCAUGCUUGUAAAGUAAAGUUGCUCUCCUUUGGUGAAAAGCAGUGUGUGUUCAUCAGUAAAAUUGUGGUACAAUUGAGGCGGGUUUCAACAAAUUCUUCAACCAGCUCUCCUGCUCUAGGAUCAAGGAUAGACCUGCAGAGGGUCCAAACUCUCAUGGAGGCCAUGGGGUCAAAGUUGUCACCUGGCGCUCAGCAACUGAUGAAUAUGGUUAAAUUUCAGCAGCAGAAUUGUGUUCCCAUCGGAGAGCAGCUUCAGUCGGUUUUGGGAAAUACUGGCUACAAACGUAUGAUCGACCUGCAGUCGUCAGUUGCUUCAGGAGCCUCAGACAAGUCACCCUCCACGCCUUUCCCUUUUAGAACCGGAUUGACAUCUGGAACCCUGACUGAAGACUUAAACGCUUACAUUGAUAAAAGUCCACAGCCACCGGGUGGAGGAAACACUACAAACCUCAAAGAGUAUAACCUUGUGCCACAAAACCGUUCUCUUCUUGAGAGUGACCUCAGAAACGCAGUUUCUUCUUUCCUGCCGAAAAAAGCGAGUGACGACUCAAAUGUACCUAACUCUGAGUUGCUGCCGUUUCUCCAGAAUUUAUGUAGUCAGGUUAACCAUCUCCGUGUGGGACGUAACACCAAGUGGCAGGAAGGCAUCACGAAGGCUGGGGAAGGCGUGGUUGGUGUCACAAUGGAAGAGCAACCUGUGUGCACCUACUUGGAAAAGAUUCUUACUAAAAAUAUGGAACUGCUGGAAAAGAAACUUGUGGACUACAUCGAUCGGCGAAUAUAUCGACUCCAGGAACACAUGGAUACCAAGAUGGCUCUGUUGAUGGACCUGCUGCAGAAUCCCUACUCCCCACCCCCUGGGACGGCCCUUAGACAGUGUGACUCUGGAGAAAGACUUUCAAAUGGAGAACGAUAAGUGCUCAACAUGUAGGAUGUACUGCAGAUAUUUAUUACAUAUUUAUUGCAAAGCCUAAACCCCCAGAGUGCAAAGCAAGUAUUUAAUGUCAUUUGAGGAGCAUCAGCUUACUUA